AUGAAUUAUUCGGGUUCACAAUGGUCCAGUCCGUACGACAUAUUUUGCGUAGUUUCUAAUUUCAAAUACAAAAAAUGUAAUGAUGGGCGUACAUUUUUAAUGGAACGAAAUGAUAUUGUUUAUUCUCGGGUUAAAUUUUUGAGAAAAAUGAACGAGUUCAGACGUAAUAACGACACAAGGCCAAUAGUUUACUUAGAUGAAUCAUGGGUAAACCAAAACCAUACGCAUAGGCACAUAUGGCAAACUCCAACACCGAAGGAUUAAAAGUACUCAUUGGAAAGGGCGGUCAGCUUAUUGUGUCACGCUGUGUCAUUUGGUUUCGUCAAAAGUUUAAAACUGGUUUUUCGUUGCAAAUCGGGAUUGCAGGCACACUUUUAUUCUAAAGUGAACACGACCAUUUUUCAUAAAUGAUUCGUAAACAUUGGGCAAUUUUGAAAAACCAUGUAUAAUUGUGAUAGACAGUGCCACAUACCAGUCUACUGUAACAGAGAGUACCCCAAGGCAAGGCAAAUACUCGGAAAGACAGAUGUACAAAAAUGAUUACAAAACAAGUCUAUGGACUUUUCUCCAGUAAACACAUUACAGGAAAAAGUCAAAUUGACGAUGCCAAAAGAAGAAACAUUAAUUGGACGAAACUGCACUUCAAAUGGGCCAUGAAGUGGUAAGAUUUCCUUCUUACCACUGCCAAUACAACUUAAUCAAAUUAAUCUGGGCGCGAGUCAAGGGUAGUCACGGAAAAAAAUAAAAAUACCUUCAAAAUGGUAGAUGUAGAAGUGUUAGUAAAUAGUGCUUUAGAUGCAAUAACAAAAAAUUGGGCAAAAUGUGUCGAUCACUGCAACAAAAUUCAGGAAGACGAUUUAAUGAAGGAAGGUUUAAGAUACAAAAUUUUGGAACCUAUUAUUAUCACAAUUAAUCGUGAUGAUAGUUCUACUGACAAAGACAAUGAUGAAAUUAUUAAUUAA